GUGGAGUCAAAUGGCAACGUUCUGUUCACGUACGGAGGCGUGUUCUUCUCAUCUGUCCAGCUCCAAUACUUUACCCAACGACUCCGCCUUCUUUAUUCAUUUACUUCUUCAAGUUUACCGAAUAUUUGAUCAAAAUUGCUCCUUGAUUUCCAUUAUUUCAUCUCAUCUAAGCUUGGAAGAGCAGCGAGCUAACAUUUCAAAUAUAUUUGAAGAUUGACUAAAAGAUUGUUGCCCGAUUUAAAGAUGUCUCUAAGGAGGUCAAAAUCUAGCCGAGCUGAAAAGGUUUUAUCAGUCGAGGAGCAGCAGCAGAAGAUAAAUGAAGUCAGGAAGCUAAUAGCUCCAUUAUCAGAUAACCUACCGGAAUUCUGUUCAGAUGCUUCAAUAUCAAGGUUUCUCAGAGCAAGAAAUUGGAAUUCUGAUAAGGCUGGUAAAAUGUUUAAAGAAGCUUUGAAGUGGAGGCUUGAAUACAGACCAGAAUUGAUUCGUUGGGAAGAUAUAGCUGAUGAGGCUAAGACUGGAAAAAUAUACAGAGCUGAUUACCAAGACAAGUUUGGGAGACCUGUUCUUGUUAUGAGACCUGGAUUUCAAAAUACAAACGCAGUAAAGGGGCAGAUAAAGUACUUGGUUUACUGCAUGGAAAAUGCCAUAUUGAAUUUAGGACCAGACCAGGAGCAGAUGGUGUGGCUCAUUGACUUCCAAGGCUGGACGAAGGUGAGUGUAUCAGUAAAGGCAACCCGUGAAACGGCCAAUGUGCUGCAGGGUUACUAUCCUGAGAGGCUUGCCGUCGGCAUCUUAUAUAACCCUCCAAAGAUUUUUGAGCCAUUUUGGAAGAUGGUGAAACCAUUUAUUGAGCAGAAGACAUAUAAGAAAGUGAAAUUUGUUUACUCUGAUAACCCUGAGAGCCAGAAGAUAAUGCUGGACCUUUUUGACACGGAAAAACUUGAAUCGACAUUUGGUGGGCGCAAUCAGAAUGAUUUCAACUACUCAAACUUCGCUGAUCGAAUGAAAGAAGAUGAUAAGAAGAUGGCGGCUCUAUUGAGUUCAGGAGGUGCCAUUCUUUCGCCGGAUCAACCUCCUCGACGAUCAAUAUCUUUCUUAUCCGAUGCUCACAUCGAUAAUUCAUCUGAAGGUUCUACAUCCACAGAUCCGGCAUCUCCAAAGUUGGAGAAGAAUGGUGUUAAUGGAAUGAGUGAUUGUGAAACCAAUGUUGGUCCUGAGACACAGCUCCAAAUUGAAGGUAUUCAAAUAAAGGAGACCAUAUGAAGAUUAUAAUGGCUUGUGAGUAAUGGAUUAACAUGCUUACUUGUUUAUUUUCCUUAAAUUUUUAUUUUUUUAAGUUGUCAUUAGGGGAUCAAAUGUUAUUUUAUAAUUGUUUUUCUGUUAGAAAUUGAAAUAUACUUCAAUGUCUUCUAAUGGGCCUACUUAGACAGUUGAUGGGCCCAUUCGGGAGAUGUAGUUGUAUAUUGUACACCUUGAUUGCAAUUUGUUCA